GUAAUAUUUAGCGCUGCUCUGUUGGCCACGCCAAUUUUUUUGUAAAAUGGGAUGUAGAAAAGAACAUGGCGGUUAAGUUGACAAAGCUGCGAUACAUUGAAAAAUUUUAGUAAAAUUCGGUCCAGUUUUAAAAACAAUAUUUUAUGACGAUGUAUUCAUUGCCAAAUUUUUGUCGAGUAUGUCUGAAAUAUGAGAAGAACCUGAUAGACCUGGCACAUAUAGAAAAUGAACCAAGUGAAACGCUAAUGAGUAAAUUGGAACAAUGUGUAUCUGAAGUGGAUUGGACGGCAUUCAAACCUCUUCUAUGUCAUCCUUGUAUCAAAAGACUGAACAUUGCCUUUACAUUCAAGAGGCAAUGUAUGCAAUCAGCCACUGUACUGAAAAGUUAUGUUGAACUUCUGAAAGAUAGUCAGAAGAAAAAUGAAUCUCAGAAUACAUCUGCAGCUGAUGCACAGCCAGCACCUGGGGCUUUUAUGGUUUUACCUAAUCAAAAAUUUCUCAAAAUUGUUGUGGGCCCACAACAACAGAACUCGUUUCAAAAUGUUUUCCUCAAUUUGAUUCCAACUGGUACCACAGGUAAUUUGAACACAAAUUCUACUCUAGCUCCUGUAACCAUAAAUCCUGUUCCUCCUAAAGAUUCAGUGAAUACGAGUAAAGAUAAUAACCAAAAUGUUUUCGUCAAUCUUAAUAACACUAUGCAGAAAUAUGUACCAAUUGCACCUGGCAAGCCAGCAGUUAAAACUUCUGCGAAUAGUACACCAGUAAUAAACCAAUUAUUAACAGAUACAAAAACCGAAGAACUUAGUGUAGAAAUAGAUCCUACGAUAUUUGGAUUGGGAUGUUCCGAUUCAGAGAGCUCUGGUCAGGAGGAUGAAGUGAAUGACUGGGAUGAAGUUAUUUCACAAAGUCAAAUAAAUUCUAAAGAAAUGUCGAAAAUGAAUGGUGAAAAGGGGAAAGGGAAGAAGGGUGGUGCGUUUGGAAAUUAUGUUCCUAUUUUACCAAAACAUGCGGCUGACUUUUUUAACUCGGGACAGCAUUUCCUCUCAGCUGAUGUUUCCACAGAAGAAGAAGGUGGUAAUAAGAUUUUCAGCUGUGAAACAUGCCAGGUGAACUUUGCGAAUGUGAAAGCCUUGAAGAACCAUAUCAAAAUGUUUCAUAUGGGAAAAUAUCCCUUCAAAUGCGAAUUUUGUUAUGCGGAGUAUGUUACUAGAGUCGACUAUGAAAUGUGUGUGAAUUUCCAUAAAACUAGUAAUGAGAACGAGGAAUCGUUGACGCUAAAAGAUUUCGCAAAUGUUUCAAUGUCGUCCCAACAAUCUUCACAGUCAGCUUCUGAUGGUGAAAGUAAUGGAGCACCAGGUCCCGGCGAAGAAGGAAUGAUAUUUUCUUGCGAACUUUGCAAAAGGCAAUUUAACAGUUCCACUGGAUUGUUAAGACACAAGGUUCGAAAGCAUCAUCAGAAAAACAAGAAGAAAUACUUCAUAAAGGGUAUGAAGAACGCCAAAUGUGAUAUUUGUAACCGCGAAUUUUCUACACAAUCUUACAUGCAACUUCAUAGGAAAUUACAUUUAAGAGAUGAUGUUGGUUAUAAAUAUAAGGUAUUCGGCAAAAGUAAAUAUUCUGAAGCCGACAAUAAAGACGGAAAAGAAAAGUCUCCCAAACGGAAGAAUGAGGAGGAGGUGAAGAAUGAAGCUGAGACGAUAGAUGUAACUCCUGAUAUAACGCUAGAACGGGAAACUGAGGAAGAUACUGAUUCUGAAGGCGAAAAUCCAAGUAAAAGAUUAUGCGAUAGACUAGAGAAUUUAACACCAGAGGUAGAGAUAACUAGAGUCGUUAAAGCUAAAGAAGAAAAGAUGGAUGACAGUAAUGAUGAUAAUCCUUUGAAAAUGGACAUUGACGAAAGCUCUAAAGAAUCCACUGUCAAGGAUGAAACGAAUGAUGCUACUUGUGAAAAUGACACUAGUGAAGUUCAAUGAGAAAUUUAGGUUUUAUCAUUUGAUUUAAAAGUUUUUAUCGAUAUCUAGAUCAUCAGGGAAUAUAACUUGAUGUUUCGUUUAUUUAAAAAUUACUAAUCGAAUCCAGCAAAAUAUUCAGUUUGCAAUGUUCUCGACAGAAACCUUAGUGCCUAUUCCAGAAGCAAAAAAUAUUGUAUAAAGAGUAAAUAGAUAUUCUUUUCUGCUCGUCUACAUUCCGCGUAAAUCAACUUGUUAUACAACAAAUUUACAUUAUUUAUCAAAUUAUAUUUUUAAUCGUUUAGUUUCUUACUAAAUCCUUUGAACAUAUCAUUCUGCUUAUCAGAAAUGAAGAUACAAAAAUGUGUAGAAGGGCAGGAAUAAUCACUUUGAAUUUUUGUGAUGUGUUUAAUUGACUAUCGACUUUAUUUUAUAUUUAACCUAUAACAACUAGGAUUAAGUGAUUUCUUUAUUGCCCACAAGUAUUAUCAUUUAUUUAGAACUUGUUCAUUAUUAUUCAAAUUUUUUUUUCCUGGAACAAAUAUACAAUUUAUAUUUUUAGGUAUACACAUAAUGUUUAUUAGCUGGUACGUCUUUAUAAUAAAGUUGAAAUUUUU